AGCUUUAGCAUUUCACGUCUACGUACACCAGCGAUACACUUAUGUUUUGUUUUGUAAUUACUGUUGAGUUAUUCACUUAGACUUGUUUUAAUCAUAGAACAACAAACUGAUUUCGGUUGUGUCUUGAGUUCUGAAAUUCCAGUAGAACUUUCGUAGACAAUAGUUUUCUGACGUCGGUCACUCAGCUUUAGAUCGAUUAGAAGUUCUAAAAUUUCGAACAUCAACGUCAAUAUCCUUUGUGUGAAAACUACGUGAAAAGACAACGCUUGCAAGGGGUGUUUUAAACAAAAGUCUUGCUUUGAAGUAAUAUGAGUAAUGUACCCAAUCAAAAUGGAUCAGGUCUAGAGCAGCAGUUUGCUGGUCUGGACUUGGAGAGCGGCCACCAGCCCUCAGGUGGUCGCUACGUGCCUCCACAUCUGCGAAACAAGGCUUUAGCAGCCAGCAAACAGAGCACAGAGUACAGUGGCAGCAGUAGCAGCAGUGGAGGUGGUGGCAGCACAAGUUACCGGGGGCGCCGAAACGAUGGUUAUUCGAGUACCAGUAACCAAUGUGCCAAUGGUGAUGGCUGGGGAGAUAGUAGAGACUACAGGAGCUCCAGGUAUGGAGGUGCAAACGUUAGUGAGCAAGUGAGAGACCUGGAGAAAGAAUGUCAUUUAUUGGUUGCUACGCCUGGGCGCCUUGUAGAUAUGCUCGAAAGAGGAAAAAUAGGGCUUGAUAACUGCAGGUUCUUAGUCCUUGAUGAAGCAGAUAGGAUGUUAGAUAUGGGAUUUGAACCGCAGAUACGCCGUAUUGUUGUUGAUAACCAGAUGCCUAAAACUGGAGAUAGGCAGACGCUUAUGUUUUCUGCCACAUUUCCUAAAGAAAUACAGAUGCUUGCCCGGGAUUUCCUGGACAAUUACAUUUUCUUAGCAGUUGGUCGCGUUGGUUCUACAUCUGAAAACAUUACCCAAAAAAUUUUUUGGGUUGCAGAAAAUGACAAGCGCUCAUUCUUGCUAGAUUUACUGAAUGUACCAUCAGACAAAAAUGCUUUAACACUUGUUUUCGUGGAGACUAAGAAAGGUGCAGAUGCUCUGGAGGAAUACCUAUAUGAGUAUGGUUAUCCUGUAACCUCAAUACAUGGAGAUCGCACACAGCAUGAACGAGAAGAUGCUUUAAGAAAAUUUCGGUCUGGUCAAACGCCAAUCCUUGUUGCAACUGCGGUUGCUGGAAGAGGUUUGGAUAUUCCUAAUGUAAAACAUGUUAUCAACUUUGAUCUUCCAUCUGAUGUAGAAGAGUAUGUCCAUCGCAUUGGUCGCACGGGCCGAAUGGGAAACCUUGGUUUGGCAACAUCCUUCUUUAAUGAAAAGAACAAAAACCUGGUAAGAGAUUUGGUGGAAUUGAUACAGGAGACAAAACAAGAGUUACCAUCUUGGUUACAAUCCUUGGCUAGUGACUCAAGGAUGCCAUCUAGUGGAAGACGUGGUGGUGGUAAUAAACGGUUUGGUAGUGGAGGAUUUGGUGCUCGUGAUUAUCGUCAAACAAGUGGUGGCAAUCGUUCAGGUUCUUCAGGUGGUCGUUCUGGAGGCUACGGCUAUGGAGGAGACAGCCAUUCUGGAGGCUACUACAGCAGUGGCGGUGGUGGUUAUGGAAACACUUAUCCAAACAGCAGCAGCAAUGGAGGUGGGGGAGGAGGUAGCAACAACCCAGACUGGUGGAAUUAACGUGAUGCACAGUGUCCCAUCUGCAUUGUCGGUAUUCAAUGUAAUAAGGGUCGGGUUCUCUUUAAGCUUGUCUGGAACCAUGAAGACAUUACAAUAAAAUCCUUUUUAUAAUAUUUCUUUGGCUCUUGUCCCGUUCAGAGAAGAAAAUUCGUAUACCUGUAUCUUUAAAAAAAGUAUGAUGUUUGAAAAAUCUAGUUCUGCCCUGUCUGUUUUGUUAUUUUUGAUGUUUUGAUCUUGCUCUUAACUUAACAUCAGAAUAUUUAGUGUCUUUUUCCUGCAUUAUCAGUGGAUAGAACUUGUUUUAUAUGUUCCACUGGGACAUAAUAACAAAAAGAAAAAAAAAUUCAGAAUAGCACAGUUAAAUAGUUUUAUUUCGAUAAUAGUGUCUUUAUUGCUUCAAUGAAAACAAAGAUAGUGGUGUGUUUUUAACAGCAGCAGCCCCUACCUGCCAGAAUUCUAUGAGGGUAUGUCAGUAUGGCAAAAAAAUGAGGGAGAAUGUUUUAAUUCCAUCGUGGGUCAUUCUAUUUGAUAUUUCUUUUUAUCAGCAAGAAACAAAUUAAUAUUAAAAAGUAGCAUUUGUCUCGCAUAAGAAGACUCGCUAAGAUGAACUGUUGGAAUUCGUGGUGUACUCAUGUACUUCUAAAAGUUUCCAUGGGAACCCAUGAAAUUUUAUUUUUCAUAAGUGAGACCACCUAUAAUAUGAGCUUUAAUAUAUAAAUAUUCCUAAUUAACUACAUAUUUACUUGUGUUAUUUGUGCAAUAUGUGUAGAGUUCGCAGAAGUGACUGAAGUGUGUCUGUUACAAGGCCAUAGUGAAUCUCUGUGGUAAAGUUCUUGGUUAUUGUAUUGUAGUCAGUGGAAUAGAUUUCCAUUACAAGUUUUUGCAAAUCACAACUCAUUUUUUUAAAAAUUCAGCCUUAUUCUUGAUAGAGCUCUCCGCUUGAUGUUCAAUUAUUGUUAGUUCCCAUUGCCUGAGAUCCUGCCGUUUGAUAUCUGUGUCAUAUGUACGUCACUUGCACAUAAUAACCAAAUGUGGAUUGUUCAAACAAUGUUGUAUGUAGCCUAUAGUAGGCAUCUCAGUUUCCCCCCUGAAUGUGUGGAGUUAAACAUGCUUCUGUGAAAUAAGCGACUUGUAUUGUAGAGCAUGAAUUACACGUGAAUGCAAAUUAUAAUAAAUACUUCUGAUAUUAUCAGAAUUUUGGUAUAGUUAAAUACUGGGAUUUUCACUUUAAACUUCAUUUCAUACGUUUAAGGUUGGUGGCAUGUGAGAACUGGACUGUAUAAACUUAUUUAGACAGAGGAAAUGUACAUCCAUCUUGUUCAUUCAUUCUGGAGGCAGCUUAAGACUCCUUUCCAGUACUGGGUGCUGUGACUAUUGCAACUUAUUAAAGUUUUGUAAAUGUAGUGGGGGAAAUGCAAACUUGGUUGCAAUGAUGCUUUUGUUGUGUACCACUAAUGAUAGUUACCCAGGAACGUGUUGGUAAAGAGAUUUUUAAAAAAGAGCUGAACACUUCGGAAAAAUUACGUGAAACUAUAAAGGCAAAAAGGGGGCUGUUGCACUUCAAUUAAUCUAUAUUAAACUGUGAGCAUUGGUGUUAUUCAUUUGUUGCUCAGUGUCAAUGGAAAAAACCUCAAUUCAUUAAUUAGUUGAUGUUAAAAACUUCAGUGUAAAUUGUAAUUUAGUGGAGUGUAUGCAACUUGUCAGGCAUAGUGUUUAGAAAAUUACUAUAGAUAUCUGGCUUAAGAUACUCUUGAUAAUAGCACAAUAUUUUUUUAAAAACUCCUUUGACGAGCAAAAACAUGAAAGUGGACAUAAAAAAUUGCUUUGGGGACAAGUUAGGCAUAUUAAAGGUGGUUUACUUGCUACAGUGUUAAAUUGCCUGUUGAGAAAAUAUUGUUGCCUAUAAUCCAAUUGUGUGUGCGUGUGUAUAUAUAUAUCAGCAUGAAUUGUAGUUUCACCGGAAGACAGACUUUAAAUAUGAUUUUGCUGUUGUGCAAACGGAAUUUUGAUCAAUUUGUUAAAUGUAAUGUCUGCUCACUUCAGCAGUACAUAUAAAUUUCAAAAUAAUGAAAACAAAUGAAGUACCAUGUGACAAUUUUUAGUUUCCCUGCUAUUUAUUUUGCAUUUAUGGAAAUGAAUUACCCUGUUGUGAAACUUUAAAUUUGUCUGAAGGAGUAGUGUUAUCAUUUACAACUUGAUAUGAACGAUACUUCUCAGAGCUGAAUUUCAAAUAGUGAAAGGUAUCUGUUCUUGAUGUGGUGUGUUUGACCAGGGUGUUCAAUGUACUAAUUAUAUUGAAAUUAAUUAUACAAUUAUUUGAGCAAUUUACUUUUCUGAUAAAGUGUUCUUCACUGAUUGAGCAUGUAAGUAGAUUAUUGAUUGUGUUAGUACCUCUAUUUUAAAACUACCAUCAGUAAUUCAAUUGAUUGUUCAGAACAGAUAUUAGAGAUUAAUUAAAUGCAUUGUUCUACAAAUAACAUUUGUAAAGGAGCUUCUCGCACUUGCAGUAUUAAUUUUUAACACUGCAUUAUGAGACUUGCUUAGUUUUAGAUACAGUAUUUUUUUAAAGGUAAUAUUUUAUUAGUCUUUUUGUUGACUAGCAACUUUAACAUUUUUAAGCUGGUAGUGUGGUAAAGAGGUUUUAAUUUGUCGCAAUUUUACCUCGUUUUUAAAGUUCUAACAGUCACUUUUUCGUUUUCUGUCUCUGUAUAUGUCAUUACGGCUAAAUAAUAAUCAAAAUUUAUAUACUGUAUUUUCUUGUUAAGUUAAUUCAAAAUUCUCAACAUGGGCUAUAGCAGUACCAUAUUGUUACUCUAUAUUUGUAGUGUUUUGCGAAUCAUCUGGUUUCUUAUAACUUUUGUAAAAACAUUCCACGGACUGUAUUUUAAAUGAUUCAGUUGUGAAUGUCUUCAUUAAAUUAAGUUCUGAGCUGUUGGAAAUGUUCUCAGGACUAUUAAAUUCUGAAUAGUCUUAAAAUAAGAUUUAUUCUGAUAGUGGUGAGCUCCCACAUAGCGUAAAGCCGUUAAGAGGGAUUCUUUUGAUGUAAUAAUACUGUGGUAACAAGCUAAUUCUGGAGAUACUUAAAAGAAGUAUUUUGAAAGGCUCAGUCCUGCUGUCUUGUCAGUUGAUCAUAAAAUGAGAUAUGUAGUUGAUGAUGCUUGUUCUUGUUUGUCACUACCUGUAGAACAGAUACCUCUCGCAGGUUUAAGUGGUUAUUUUAAUUGGGGUGAUUUUCUGCUAAACUUGUUCCCAAUAUUAGACAUUGCAGACAUAAUUAAAUGUGUAAUGCUGUAUUGUCAACAAUUUGCUGUGUUGCAGUUACAGAGAGAAAUUUAUAAAUAAGUUAUUGUUACUAAGUGACUGUGUCCCAUUUAUUGCUUAGAAACAUUUCUUGGAAACUUAAUAAAAAUUAGAUGCAUACUCCCAUAUUUAUUACUAUUUUCCGAAUGCAUAAUUCAUCAGAACCAAGAUUUCUCCUUCUUAACAAACACUUGCAGCUUAACUCUUUCAGCACUUUCCUGUAGCACCGUUUGCUUUACUCUUUUGCAAUUAUCACAUGUGUUAUUUAGUUUCCAUAUAUUCAGUUGUCCAUUACAUAAAAAUAUUGUAAAUUAUACAAACUGGCAUUGUAAAAUUUCUUAUUGCAUUGAAGUAGGGUUUUUCAUUUCAAAAUUCAUGCACAGUAAAACUAAUUCUUCCCGCGACUUUCUGCUCUUUGCUCCGCGACUUUCUGCUCUUUGCUCCGCGACUUUCUGCUCUUUGCUCCGCGACUUUCUGCUCUUUGCUCCGCGACUUUCUGCUCUUUGCUCCGCGACUUUCUGCUCUUCUUCAGUGAUGAUGCUGCUGUUUCUUCUCUCCCCCUCUCCCCAGUUCUCAGUAUUAACACCACCAUUUUCACUUCUUAAUCUUCCUGUUGUAGUAUGCGUCUUAUUUAAUCAUUUUAAACAGCUUCUGAGAUUUACAUAUUUUUUUUAUAUAUGGUGGAAAUGUGUGUACAUUAAUAAAUAUGUUAAUUUUGGAUAAAAUCUAAAUUUUCCUAUUUCUUGGUUCUGAUGGCUUCCAUCCCUGUUGCCAGAAUAGUGAUCUCAGUGUAAUUCUGAUUUUUCACUGCAGUUUCCUCAAAACUAAAAUAUCAAGUUGACAUUGCAUGAAUAAAUCGUGACGUCACAGGUACAUCUAAUUGUACGCUGUGGAAUUUCAUUUCCAGUUGACUACAUGACUUCAUGUUGUAAAAAAAAAAAAAUUUAGUUAUUAUCAGUUUUGUGGAGUAGCGAAUUAUUUAAGUGUGAGUGCACGAGUGUGGUGUGAACAGAGAGCUUUAAUUGUGAGAAAACCUUCCAUGUAAUUUUCAUGAACAUGUUUAUGAGAAGUUAGUUGCUGUUGAGAGGUAACAAAGUGUGGAAGUUAGAACCGCAUGAGUACUUUGUACCUGUGAUAGUCGCAAUUGAGGUGUUAUGAUGCAUGUUUUGUCUGCAUUUUGUCUUACAGUGUAUUAAAUUGUUAUGUGUGUACAAGACACGGUUGAUUUGUGAUGUUAUAAUUUAGGGUUAUUUAUAUUUAUUCGUGUCACUGUUGUGUCUGCUUGUAUUUGAUUUACAAAUGAAACAUCUUUCUAUGCUAAUGGUGGAAAUAAAAAGCAGUGACCUGUGACUGCAAAUCAGCGUCAUGCGAUAAAAUAAAUUAGUCCACUGCAUAGAUAUUGUGCUGACAAGAGGGACAGAAAUUGGUUAAGCUCCUUUUCCUCUUUAUAUAUUGCAUUUAAAUCUGUCUCAUUAUUUUCUUUGUAGAAGUAUUAUUGUACUUUUUUCAGAAAGUGACAGGUAAAUAAAGAUUAUGAGGUGUGAA